CUCCUCGCCUUGCUGGGGCUGUCUGUCAGGCUGAGGCACCUUCGCGUGCCGCGAUGUGACAGCGGGGAAAAGUCAGUGGUUUUGAGGAAUGCUGCGAGGUGGAGAGUGGGGAGGGGGUGGAAGAAGGGAGGCGAGCCAGCCAGGCAGAGGGUGGCUGCUGCUGCUGCUCCGGGGGCAACCUUGCCGCCUCCUCCCCCCCCCCCGCCGGCCCAGGCCUCCUAGGGCAGAGGCGGGUUCAUGCUGGGAGAGACGCGGGUGGCUGCGCUUGCCAGGGAGAGGGGUGUGUGUGUGAUAGAGAGAGAGACGAAAGGCGGUCUCUAUUCCCCACCGCCGUUUCUCCCUCAGUGGGGUGGGGUGGGGAGCAGAGCAGCCCGGCCCUUCCUUCUGCUGCGGUUGAGGCUCCGCCGCUGCAGUCCUAGGAGCCGCCGCCACUCCCCUCGCAGGGCUGUCAUCGGAGACAAGGAGACAAGCCGGGAGCGGCGGCUGGAGCGCGGGGUCGGCGCCUCUUCUUAAGGCACCUGGUCGGGGCUCCCGGGUGUGCAGCAGGCGGAGGAGGAGGAGGAAGCAGUGGAAGCGACUGCAGCAGCCCUGCGCCAGGCUCGGCGGCGGCAACAGCCAGGCGUGGACUGGAGGAGGAGGAGGAGGAGGAGAUGCUCGCAACAGGGCACGCCACUCGGCUUGGCUGGAAAGGUCCUCCGGCUGGAGCGCCGCGGGAGCUGGUGGCGAUGUAGCCUCCCUUCCACUGCCCUUGGCGGCCGGUGGAUGCCAGACCGACCUGGGAAGCUUCGGCUCCGAGCUCCAUGCUUUUUGCCCAGGAGCUCCAACAUGGGGAGCCCUUUCUGGCACCUUGUUUUCCUGGGCUGUUCUGCUGCCGCUGCAGGGCUGAGCAGCGUGGUUGGAGUUGGAUCCCACAGCGAGAAAGUGUUCAAUCCUCGAAUGGGAAACCUAGGGCAUGGACGUAAGUUGUGGACAGAUACAACAUGUGGGGCCAACGCCACAGAAUUCUACUGUUCCUACAGUGAAAAUACAGACCUCAUAUGCAAGUGGCCUAAGUGUAGCAAAUGCAACUCAAUGCAUGCCCAUCUGGCUCACCCACCCUCUGCCAUGAUUGACUCUUCCUUUCGAAUGCCAUACACAUGGUGGCAAUCAGCACAGGGGGUGCAUAGGGAGAAGAUCCAGUUGAACUUGGAAGCUGAGUUUUAUUUCACUCACUUAAUCAUGGUGUUUAGGUCUCCAAGACCAGCAGCCAUGGUUCUGGAACGGUCUCAGGAUUUUGGGAAAACAUGGAAGCCUUACAAAUAUUUUUCCACUAAUUGCUCAGCAACCUUUGGACUGGAGGAUGAUGUAAACAAGAAAGGGACAAUUUGCACUUCCAGAUACUCCAGUCAUUUCCCCUGCACUGGAGGAGAGGUUAUAUACCGAGCUCUGUCACCACCUUAUUCUGCUGAUGACCCAUACAGCCCUGAAGCUCAGGCACAGCUGAAAAUCACUAACCUUCGAGUGCAGCUGCUUAAACGACAAUCCUGCCCUUGCCACAGCAAUGACCUGAAUGCGAAACCUCCACAGUUAACAUACUAUGCAAUCUAUGAUUUCAUUGUAAAAGGGAGUUGCUUUUGUAAUGGCCAUGCAGAUCACUGUGUGCCAAUCAAAGGAUUCAGACCUGUCAAAGCAGCAGGAGUCUUCCAAGUGGUCCAUGGAAGGUGUAUGUGCAAACACAAUACUGCAGGAACUCAUUGUCAACAUUGUGCUUCUCUCUACAAUGACCGACCCUGGCAAGCUGCAAAUGGUAAAACAGGAGCCCCAAAUGAAUGCAGAUCCUGUAAGUGCAAUGGGCAUUCUGACACUUGUCACUUUGACAUGGACACAUGGCUGGCAUCAGGGAACCACAGUGGUGGAGUCUGUGAUAAUUGUCAACACAAUACAGAAGGACAGCACUGUCAGCGUUGCAAGCCAGGCUUCUUCAGAGAUCUCAGAAGGCCUUUUUCUGCCCCAGAUGCCUGCAAAUUGUGCUCCUGCCAUCCUGUUGGAUCAGCCAUACUUCCCUUUAGUAAUAGCACCUUCUGUGAUCCCAACAAUGGUGAUUGUCCCUGCAAACCUGGAGUGGCCGGUCCUCAGUGUGAUAGGUGUAUGGUAGGAUACUGGGGAUUUGGAGAUUAUGGCUGCCGGCCAUGUGAUUGUGCAGGAAAUUGUGACCCACUAAAUGGUGACUGCAUCAACAGCAGUGCAGACAUAGAUUGGUACCAUGAAAUCCCUGGUUUAUAUUCUGCAUAUAAUGAGAGUGAACCAGCAUGGGGGUGGGAAGAUGAACAAGGAUAUUCUGCCCUUCGACAUUCAGGAAAAUGUGAAUGUAAAGACCAAGUUUUAGGUAACUCCAAGAUCUUCUGUGGCAUGAAAUAUACAUAUGUGCUGAAGGCAAAGAUUUUAUCUGCUCAUGAUAAAGGUUCCCAUGCUGAGGUCAACGUGAAGAUCCAGAAAGUAUUGAAAUCUACAAAACUUAAGAUUUUCCAAGGAAAGCGGAUUCUUUUUCCAGAAUCAUGGACUAAUAGAGGCUGCACCUGCCCAAUACUAAAUCCUGGUUUGAAAUAUCUUGUAGCUGGAUAUGAAGAUGUUCAAGCAGGCAGACUGAUAGUUAAUAUGAAAAGUUUUGUCCAGCAGUGGAAGUCAUCGCUCGGGAAAAAAGUAUUGGAAAUUUUAAAAGACUGCAGUUGAAAUGGGGUGUUUUUAAUGCACAAAAUGCAAGCUUCAUGGAGAGAAAGGAGACUUCUGAAAUAGAAAUUGGAAUGUAAGGGAAUAGUGCCAAAUGGGUUGAGGGGGGGUUCAAUUCAUAGCCUUUCAUCCUGAUCCUGAACACAUUGGUCCCAGUUGUGCUUACGCAAAAAGUGUGUGUGUAGCUCUCACACAAGCAGUGGAGCAGAGCCCCAUCCAGCAGCCCUAGUGGAGUGUGCAAUGGAAGCCCAGUUCCAGCUGCCAGUGAGUGUUUCAGCAGGCUGUAGCUCCACAGCUGCACUCCCAGAGCUUCUCCAUCCAUUCUACCUUCCUACUAAUCACUUGUUCAGCAGGAUAAAGUGAGCUAUUUGAGCAGAGCUUCAUUGAUUCUGGAAGUAUUCAACACAGAGGUACACCUGGGUAAUUUUGGAGCCUGGACCUAAAGGCCUUUGGAGCCCCAUUCCCCGCCACUGCAAGUUAAGCAUCAUUUUUUAACACAUAGGUUCUUGAGGGCACAAACCACAACACCCAGGACAGACUAAAGUGGAUUUGGGGGGCCCCAGGGUGUGUGGAGGCCUUGGACUUCAGCCCCAAAGUCCAGGGGUAAGAGAGCCUCUGAUCCAACAGAACAUGUUGUGUGAUCACAGCCUUUAAAGUAAGACUUCAUAGUUAAUAUUGAUGGUGCCCAGCUUCACAGGUGCUUUGUCGGCUCCCUCUGAAGUAAGUGGGCCUGGCAGCAACUCAGUGAUUUGAAGAUUGGAACCGCAGUCUCAUGUGCUUGUUUGUAUACUAGUGAUGAUGGACAAAAUGACUACCAUCAGCUGUAUCGCCCUAAACCUUAGAAUCAAGUCAACAGAAUGCUUAUACUUUACAUUGAUAUAUUGAAAAUAAAAGCAAGAUUUUGAUUAGAUAUCGACUGUAAAUUUUUAGAGGUUAUACAUAUAUGGAAGUGACACAUAUCGGUGGGGGAACACCAUUACAAAAAAAGUUCUUUACUGUCUGUAAUACCACAAUACCUAAAUUAGGACAUGCCUUUAUCCAACAAAACUUUGUGGGACAUUCUUAAAAAUCACAGGAUUAUCAGCUGGGGCACUUAAAGAAGCUAGGUCAAACCUUCUACUCAGUUAAGCCAACAGGAAAUGGUUGAAGCCACCAGAAUUUGUGUACGGCUCAUAAAACAGCAGCAGAAAUUAAAUUAUAACCUAUCAUUUUAUCAAAAAUUUGGUUUUAAGAAAUUACUGGUUCCAUAAGGUACGAAUGGGAGUAUUUCCCUUAUGAGGCAUUACACGCAUGUCAGUAUUUGAUUGUAUAAAGCACUUUAUUGCCUGCCCCUUCCUGGUGUGAAAAUUUAAAUAUUGCUGGGGAACAGUGAAGGCACACACACAAAAAAAUCUAUUGGAACAGAAGAACUCCAAGGCAAGUGGGGGUAGAAAGAAUGGUUUUCCUUCAUGUCUGGCAGUAACUCAAAAAUGCUAAAGAAAUUUUUUGAAAACUAAUAUAUUUGCACUGAAGUCCCAACUUCAGACUAAUGGUUUGAUUUUAUAGAUAUCAGCUAUGAUGAGACUAUACACGCUUCAAAAAAGAGUUCUUAAAACAGGAAUGAUAAAAGUGUUGAAAUGUGAUGGACUUGUUUGUUCUUCAUGCUGGACUUGAUCUUUGUUUAUAGUAUUUAAACUUGAAAGUAAAUUUGUUUGCUUCUGUUUCUGUUUGCAAUGCAUACACUUCCACAGUAACAUCAAUGUAUGGGAUAUAACAAACUAUUGCCAUUUUUAUUACUUGAUUCUGCACUUCUCUGUUAAUACAUCUUUAAAGCAGCGCAAACCAUGUCCUGUUUAUAUAGACAAAAAGGAAAGGAAGAGCAGCAGUGCCAUUUCCUUAAAAAGGUAACCCUGGUCCAUGGUUCGUGUGUGUGUGUGUUCUCUCUCUUGUGGUCCUGUGGAUUCACAAAAAUGAUACUGUUUUGAAAUUUUGUUUUUAUAUCUUAUGUAUAUAAUAAAAUCCUAUGAUUUC